CCCCAGGCGCUAAUCGUCUCUCAACCUAUCCUAGUUUCUUUCCCCAGUUCCCCUUUAUCUUUUCCGGUUUCGACAAUGGCUUCUGUUUCGGGCUCCGUCCUUCUAAGAAAAAGUUCUCCAAUUCAUCAUGCAUUCGAAUCACGCUUAAAUGAGCUGGAUUACUGUCGAGCAAAGAUAAAACCUUCCGGAUUGUCUUUGAAUUUAAAUCAUCCCGGGAGGCUGCAGCUAUCGUUAACCAGAAGGCCUGUGAAAAUUCAAGCUGCUUAUAGUAGUGAUGGAAGGCCGAGCAGUGCUAGCAUUUUCGUUGGUGGAUUUAUCUUGGGAGGACUCAUCGUUGGCACAUUGGGCUGUGUGUAUGCACCUCAGAUCAGCAAAGCACUAGCUGGUGCUGACCGAAAGGAAUUAAUGAGAAAAUUGCCAAAAUUCAUAUAUGAUGAAGAAAAGGCUUUAGAGAAAACUCGAAAAGUACUGGCUGAGAAAAUUGCACAACUGAACGAUGCCAUUGAUGAUGUUUCUGCCCAGCUACGAUCAGAGGAGGCCCCAAAUGGGGUGGCUGUGAACUCUGAAAUUGAAACUGCUACAUGAGACGGUUGUUUUGCCCUGCUAUGGUGCAAUUGGCUAUCACUCUCUUCACUAGAAGAUAUCUUGUUUCAAAAAAUGUAUCCGAAUUUCUUGUGAUAUCUUUUAAUUUCUUCUCAGUAAUAAAUUUAGCUGUUAUUUUUAACAUUUUAUUGGCAGCUUGUGGCUCGGGUAAAACAGUCUUGCCCUUCACAUGCCUGUGGCCGUUCUUCUGGAGAUCAAUGCAUGCAGCAUGACCGCUUUCAGGAUCUCAGUUGUGUUAUUUUGUUUAGAAGUUGACAUGAUGAGCUGAUUGUAUUAUAAAUAUGAACCAGCAAAUGUAUUAGUAGACUGACUCUGGAUUUCUAUAAAUAAUGGAUUGUAUUUAUCCUGGGAUUAUAUUCAA